AUGUCUCUGGGCUCUCAUACGACAACCCUGGCCAGAGUGAGCAGAGAACAGCGACGGCAGAUUCCGUUGACGUCCUUCACUCUGUUGACAGUGCCCGAGGAUUCCAUGCUGUCACACUACCUCAAGAAGGUCGACACCAUCGAUGUCAGCAUGAUGGAGAGGUCUCUCCGGUCCGAAGGCAAGGCUUGGCCCGUCCGGCCCGCAGAAGACUCGCUCCCGUCACCGCCAGACAGUCAAUCAUCUUCCCACGAUGAUGUGUCUCGGCCCAGGGAGGGUGACGCCGUUGCACGGCUGGAACUCGACCUCGACAAGUUCAUGGGCUCGAUCACCGCGUCCGACUCUCCGGACGCUGUCAUCAAAACCAUCGCCAGGUCAAAAUCUUCCAUGCUUUGUUCUUGCCGCUCGGCCGCUUGA